CAAAGCCUAAUGAUCAUCAUUGGUUGCAUGAUGCGUAAUUGGGGAUUUAGGGGCUCGCACGUAAAUUUGGCCGUCGGCUUCCGACCAUUUUACCUUUAGUGGAAUUCCUUUUCGACCUUUUCGUCUUCCCCCUUCUUUCUUCUUUCUUCCACCGUCCUGUGGGCCGAGAGGGGGAAGCUGGCUGCGCAGAUCUGGAAGCGGCUGUUCCCGUCGGGAAGCGGCACGAGGAGGCUGCUGUUUUACGCCUCGGGGUCGGUGAGCCGCAGCUCGCCGCGGCGGGCGGCGGAUCGCUUCGCCCGCAUGGACUGCUGCCGCUCUGCCAACCCCUUCCGCCUCUGCUCGGCCCUCCGGGUGCUCGGCUCCUUCAUGGUGUUUCUGGUGCUCGCCAUCGUCACCCUCUCUUACUACGCGGUAGUCGUCGUCGCCUGGGGCCCGCGCCUCUCUCACGGCUUCCCCGUCUCUGUCCUUGCCUCUGUCAUCAUUGUCGUCUUCCAUCUACUGCUUGCAUUGUUAAUAUGGAGUUAUUUUAUGGUAGUUUUUCAUGAUCCUGGUGCUGUUCCUGCUAACUGGAGGCCUUUACUUGAUGAAGAGAGUUUGGAAAGAACUGCUUCUGCAACACUGUCUGAUUAUAUUGCUCCUGAAACAAGAGCUUCUACAUCUUCCCCUCCAGAGGGAAUAGAAAGAAGACCAAAUACAGGAUAUUGCGCUCGUUGUCAAAAUGGCAAACCUCCUCGUUGCCAUCACUGUUCUGUUUGUCAAAGAUGCGUGCUUAAGAUGGAUCAUCAUUGCGUAUGGGUUGUUAAUUGUGUAGGGGCUCGCAAUUACAAAUUCUUUCUCCUAUUUCUGAUAUAUACUUUCCUGGAGACGAUUUUGGAUACCUUUGUCUUGCUUCCAAAUUUUGUCAAGUUCUUUGGUGAUGCGAGGAAACAUUCUAGUUCACCUGGCAAUCUUGCGGUUACAUUUCUAGCUUUUGUUCUUAAUUUAGCUUUUGCAUUAAGCCUUCUCUGUUUCGUGGGCAUGCACACAUCUCUUGUCUUGAGCAAUACUACCACGAUAGAGGUUUAUGAGAAGAAGAAGGCAGUUAUCUGGAAGUAUGACUUAGGAAAGAGGAAGAACUUCGAACAGGUUUUCGGAACAAAGAAGUUGCUGUGGUUCCUCCCAUUAUUCUCAGCAGAAGAUUUAGAAAAGAUACCUGCACUAAAAGGCCUAGAUUUUCCAACACGCUCAGAUGUUGAGCUGUGAAGUAUGGUGGAUCUAUGCGGUUUCUCCACCAGUCACACAGCUAUCUUAUGUCAUUUGUGCCUUACAAUGUAGAUGUGUAUGUUAUGUAUAUUACUCGAUUAACUUCGUUUUUUGGUUGAUAAAAAGACAUAGUGAUCAAUCGGCAA